AUGUUAAUUAUUCGUGGAUUGGCGCUCAUAUUAUCUUUCCUUUUAUUUUCAGCCAUAGUUUUCUUCUGUCUACCAGUCAAAAAUGUUUUUCUAUGGCACCCAAUUCUUAUGUGUUCUGGAUUUCUCGUCGCUAUGCUCAAUGGUAUACAUAUAUUGAGUAGAGAUUCCUUCGCAUUUUUGACGAGCAAGUCCAAAAGGGUAUGCAUUUUUCUCUACUUAGAAUCUUUCAAUCGAUGAGCUAAACAGUUUUAUGGGUGAAUGACUGUUGAUGCAAAAAAGCUUAUUUGUACAUGUAGUUGCUGAUGCAAUUACUACUUUAAUUUGGUUACUUAGAAGAAAGCACCACACGUCAAAAGAUCUCCCUUUCCUCAUUCUCUGAAGUUAAAUUCUUAUGAAUUCAUAAGAAUGAUUCCGGAUAUGCAGGUUAACCUGCAGACUUGUUUAUGCAUCGGGUCUUGACUUUGUUGCAUAUUUCUGUCAGAAUGGACAACAUCUUAAAUCUUAUCUUUUUAUCAGGCAGUGUCGGCCAAACUGAUUUCUUUGUCCUCCCUUCUUUGUCGUAAAGCAAAAGGUCUUGAUCUUCGAUAAACUUCUGAAUAGUGUAUCCGUCUUCUCGACUGCCGAAGCUUUGUUUGCCUCCAAUGGGAGUGAUGCGGAAAAUAUUAUAUAUGUGUAUAUAUAUGUAAUUUUAAAACAUUCUGUGACAGCAGUUCUCAAAAACAUACAGUACACCAUUUAUUCGCUGGUUGGCCAAACAUACUAAACUUAGGUGUAUUCUCUAUGAAUCAGUGUGAGGGUCUUACUUCGAAAAUUUCCUCUACUGGAGAUCUAGUGUGUACUUGAAGACACUUCCAAGACGCGUUUAACAGCAGAAAGUAAACUAUUCAUUUUUGAAUAUCUAAGAGUUGGUAAUCCCAUCUUCAGGAAUAGCUAUAAAUAGUUGACAAGUGGAUAUUUGCACGUCAUUGUCCUAACGGAAACAAACGUUUUAUUUUCUUUGUUUGCUAAGUGAAUUACUUAGUGGAUUGGCACCAUGUCUUCGUCUACCAUUUAGAUUCUUUACCAACUCAACUCGACCUCAGUUAACAUCCUUAGUCAAGAUAGGUGGUUUUGGUGUUUAUAAGACAUGUUCUUGUCUUAAUUGGUAGAGAUUCACACUUCAUCUAUUGACUUCCAUUUUUCCCAAAGCUAUAACUAAUCUCAUUAUUGCUAACCUUUAAGAUCUACAUAAGAUGGUUACCCAUAGUCAAAGGUCUCUAAUUUUUUCACAUUUCCUAUCUUCACUGGAGAUAUUUUACAACCAUAGAGUAUGAUAGAACGAAUUGCUGCAUAGUGUAUGCCUUUUUUAUCGAGUGGCUAAAUGUUAUGGCUGCAUUAAACAUGAUGUGAGGUGUCAAAUGCUAAACGAGCUUUUCGUGUCCGUGAUAAAAGUUCGAUAACAAUCAGAGCGUUAGGGUUGAUGUGAUUUCUUAAAUGAUUGGAUUGGUUUAUAUAUACAACCAUUCUCCUUCUUAUAAUUAACUGAGAAUAUUUGUAGACUAGUCUUGCAGUAUCAUUAAUUUAGCAGGCAUGCAACGUAUGCCAGAUAUACUCAUAUCUUUGCAUGAUGUGAUUAUCGAUCUACAGAAGUGUGACAAGACUACCCGUGAUUCCUGUUAGUCUAGCAAUUAGUUCAACACUUCUAUAGUCAUACCUUCAUAUCCUACUACUUCACCUCUAUUAAGUUUAGAGACGUCUUUCACAACCUUCUGAAGAGUUGGGGGGCACAUUAUUUUCUGGGCAAGACGACUAUAAGUCUUAGUUUAAAAAUGACUUUAGAAAAACAUUCAGUGCCAAGUACUGAAAAAAUAACUAAGUCGGUGGUCGUCUAGUUGCCUCUUAACUGAGUUCUGUGCUUUAUUUUUUAAUCAAGCUGCUUUAUACUCAAAUAAUCAGAAGCAUAUAUAUAUAUAUGAAUUUGAUGUUUUAUGUAAAGUCCAAUUAUUUCACUACUUAUUACGGUGAUAUCCCCGUGAAUAUUUUCUGAUUUAAAUUCAUGCUAACAAAGUCAAAUCGCCAUCUGAGAGUUGAUUCGCUUCCGGCAUCGAAGAGCUAGUAAUCAUCAUCACACACUGUUGCACAGCUUAAGUCAUGUAUAACAGAUAAUUUGUAUUGUGUAUUGAAUAUCUCAAUAUAAUGUACCUUACAGUUUAAAUUAAUUCUUUUCGAAAAUGUGUUUUCAUAACGUUUGCUAAUAAUUACUAUUUUUGAAAAUUUUAGAUAAAAGCUCACUGGAUAUUUGA